UUUCACCUCCUUUCAUUAUCUUGUAUGUAAAAGAGACAUUAUCCCUAUAUUUCUACGUACACAGUUUCAUCGGAAGAAAAAAAUCAACGACAAUAAUUACGUCUCAGUCUCAAAAUAUGGCUAGAGAAGAACAUCUUCUAUCAACGGAGAUUGUGAACCGUGGGAUAUCAGAUGGGGGAUCUCAAACGUUCUCCGUUAGGGUACGGAGGCGUUUGCCGGAUUUCUUGCAGUCAGUAAACCUAAAAUAUGUGAAAUUAGGGUAUCAUUACUUGAUAAACCAUGGAAUAUAUUUGGCUACAGUGCCAGUGUUGGUGUUGGUUUUCAGUGCUGAAGUGGGCAGCCUUAGUAGAGAGGAGCUGUGGAGGAAAGUUUGGGAUAACGCAGCUUGUUAUGACUUGGCUACAGUCUUGUCAUUUGUAGCACUUUUUGUGUUCACUCUCUCUCUUUACAUCAUGUCUAAGCCAAGACCUAUUUACCUUCUUGAUUUUGCAUGUUACAAACCAAGUGAUGAUCUUAAGGUAACAAAGGAACAGUUCAUUGAGCUAGCAAGAAAAUCCGGCAAAUUCGACGAACCAAGUCUCGAAUUUCAGAAAAGAAUCUUAGAAUCCUCUGGAAUUGGCGACGAAACUUACGUCCCAAAAGUCAUUGGAUCGUCGGAAAACACCGCCACCAUGAAAGAAGGCCGAGCCGAGGCAUCAAUGGUUAUGUUCGGCGCACUCAACGAACUGUUCGAAAAGACGAAGAUUCGACCAAAGGACGUUGGAAUAUUAGUGGUGAACUGUAGCAUUUUCAACCCAACACCUUCACUUUCAGCAAUGAUAAUAAAUCACUACAAAAUGAGAGGAAAUAUACUUAGUUUUAAUUUAGGAGGAAUGGGUUGCAGUGCUGGGAUUAUAGCAUUGGAUUUGGCACGUGACAUGUUACAAGCUAACCCGAAUAGUUAUGCAGUGGUGGUUAGUGCUGAAAUGGUUGGAUUUAAUUGGUAUCCAGGUAAAGAAAGGUCUAUGCUUAUACCUAAUUGCUUUUUUCGGAUGGGUUGCUCCGCCCUUCUCCUCUCUAAUCGCCGCCGUGACUACCGCCGUGCUAAGUACAGCCUCGAGCACAUCGUCAGGACACACAAAGCUUCCAAUGAUCGGGCAUUCAGGUGCAUCUACCAAGAAGAAGAUAGCCAACGUUACAAGGGACUAAGGAUCAGCAAAGAUUUAGUAGAAGUUGGAGGAGAUGCUCUGAAAACCAACAUUACCACAUUAGGCCCUUUGGUUCUACCUUUAUCAGAACAACUCUUCUUCUUUGGAAACCUAGUCUGGAGACACUUAUUUGGCAAUAAAAAUAAUAAUAAUAAUAAUAAUAAUGCCAAAGGCAAUUCCACUUCCCAACUGGCCAAUAAGCCCUAUAUUCCAGACUACAAACUCGCCUUCGAGCACUUUUGUUUUUAUGCAGCCAGCAAAACUGUCCUUGAUGAGCUUCAAAGGAACUUAGAGCUGAGUGAGAAUAAUAUGGAAGCUUCUCGGGCCACACUGCACCGAUUUGGUAACACGUCUAGUAGCAGCAUUUGGUAUGAGUUGGCUUAUUUGGAGGCUAAGGAGAAAAUUACGAGAGGUGAUCGUGUGUGGCAAAUUGCUUUUGGUUCAGGUUUUAAGUGUAACAGUGCUGUUUGGAAAGCCAUUCGCCGUGUUAAAAAGCCUUCAACAAAUCCUUGGAUUGAUUGCGUUGAUAUGUACCCUCAGUCUCUCACACAAUAAGUGUGGAUUUUCAUGAAAGAUUUGGAGUAACAAGAUGGAGAUCUUGAAUGAAUGACUAUAUAAAUGUAUAGUCAAGAAUAUAUUGGUUACGUUAUUAUAAUUAAGUUGAUUUUGUGGAAAGGAUUAACAAACAUAUAUAUAGGUUCUUUCCAAUAUAAAUUUUGGCCUUGGCCUUUAGAUAUGAUGUUCACCUUAAUCUUCAAGAAUUGAUCUUUACAUCAUUAUAUAUAAGUAAUGGUCAUGCAAAUAUAGAGAGCAUAUCUUUGUUAUUGUCGACAAUUUGUGUAAUAAAUGUAUUAUGACAUUAUACAUUGCUGAUCGAUAAACAAA